GUGAACCCAGGUGCUUCUGCAAAUCACCGGAGUACCCCGCUCAUCCUCCUCACUUGCAACCGAUCGUGGGAUAGCGCUUCAGCUCCGACCCAUCUGGAAGAUUUACAGCUAGAAUUCGACUGUCCCCGCUGGGACACGCACCAUUCUCCGAGACCAUUGGAUACUCUCUCAUGGUUAACUCAUGACCGUACAAAGGGCCCGGCAUCUGUUCACGGAGAUAGGUGCUAUGUCUGGGAUUCGUGAACCUUUGCUUCUCUGGACCUGAGAGGUUCACAUGAGGAAGCGUCUCCGCAACUGAACAGAGGCACCUUGACUGCGCUACGGACCUUCUCGGUCAAUCUGGGGUUGUUCCGGACAUAGACGCAACAGGCCAGCGGGCACGAGUGUAUAUAUACCAGCAGGGCGUCCCUCUGCGUUCAUCAUUCAAGCUGAACUGAGAAUCUGCUAUGCAGGCAUCGUUCUCCAACACCAGUGUUUGGGUUUCGUUCGCCUUCACUGUUGGUAUUGUCGUCUUCAUCUCGAGGCGGAUCCGUUUGCGAUCACCUCCGUUGCCUCCUGGACCACCUGGUCAUUGGCUGUUUGGUACGACUGUUCCUCUCGAGGAUGCCUGGAGAAUCAACGAGGAGUGGACACAACAGUACGGCCCCGUCUUUUCGUAUCGUCAAGGGACUCGGAGAGUGGUCGUCAUCGGUCGCCAUCAGGCUGCUGUCGACAUUCUCGAGAAAGACGGUGCCGUAACUCUAGACAGGCCCGAGAACAUCCCGGUUAUAACCGCCUCAGGAGGACUGCGUGUUAUCAACAUGAGUUGGAAUGACCAAACCAGAAAGCUCCGACGCGCCAUGCAUGAUCGUUUACGGCACAAGGUCGCAACAACAUAUGGUCACAUCCAAGAGGAGAAUUCCAGGAACCUAAUUCUUGACAUUCUCGACAACCCGGAUGCUCAUCAAGUCCAUGUUAGACGAUAUGCGGCAUCCGUGAUCCUCAGAAUUGCCUAUGGGAAGACCACGCCUACGUAUGUAUCAGACCCAGAGGUUCAGCAUAUCAUUGCGAUCGUCGCACGAAUGGGGCGCAUCUUUGCCCCCGGCUCUCUGUUAGUGGACAGAAUCCCAUUUCUCCGGCACGUUCCCGGUAUCUUGGACGAGCAGAAGGCUUGGCACAAGGACGAGUUGGGCUUGUUCCGAGGUAAAAUCGAUGCUGUCAGGGAAGCGAUGGCACAUGGUCGUGCCGAGGAGUCCUUCGCGAAAUUUCUUCUGACCGAGCAAGCCAAAUUGGACAUCUCGGACGACGAGAUGGCGUAUCUUGCUGGCAGCCUCUUCGGCGCCGGCAGCGAUACAACAGCAUCCGUUCUCGGAUGGGUCAUCCAGGCUGCAGCUGUGCAUCCGCAGGCCCAAGCUAGGGUACAAGACGAGCUGGACCGCGUGCUUGGUCGGGAAAGAGCGCCAAAUUUUGAAGACGAAGACGCGCUCCCGCAGGUCACGGCCUUCAUGCUGGAAGUAUACCGUUGGAGGCCCACGAGUAUCAUCGGGUUUGCUCAUCGUGUUCGGUCGGACAUAAGAUGGCGAGAUUUCCUCAUACCAGCCGACUCCACAAUCCUUGGAAGUCAUUGGUCCAUUGCGCAUGAUCCUGAUGUCUGGCACAGCCCUGACAGAUUCGACCCGGGAAGAUGGCUGGACGAGGAGGGUAAGAUAUUGAAAGACAAAAAGACUUUCAUGUUCGGUUUUGGAAGGCGCGUUUGCCCCGGUCAACAUGUUGCCAACAGAUCCGUGUUCAUCAAUACGGCCAUGCUCCUAUGGUCAUUCCACAUAAAGGAAGAUCCUGCCAAUCCUAUCAAUACCAUGGAUUUUAGGGGAGGCACAAUCAUGCAUCCGUCUCCGUUCAAGGUCGUGUUUGAGAAUCGGAUCCAGGAGUUGAAAUCACUGAUCACUGACAUGUAACGGACCGUGUACGAGUUUCCGAGGCGACAUUCGAUGAACAGCGACAUGACUAGUCUGUCAAGCUUGCGGCUAUCAUACCAUUGCCGUUGUACGGGCCUGUACAUACCUCUCUCC